AUGUCUACCACGCCCAGCACGCCCGACCUCUUCCGCGAAGUUUUCCCCGACUGGGCCGAGAAAGCGUCGACUGUUUGUGUCGACAUGGGUAUUAGUACUGUGGGUGUGCUCGAGGCGGCCCUGGAGGACAAGGAGCUGACCGACGAACUAUCGAGAAGGUGUGCAGAUGGGGGACUCGACGGAGAGUCCGAAACAACCACUAUGACGGAGGUAGCCGAUGCGAAGUCUGCCAGCUCAUCCACCAAAAGUCCCGGUACUGCCAGCGAAGUCGUCGAUGCCAACAAAAACUACGGUGGUGGUGGUGGUGGUGUCGUCGUGGUCGAGAUCUUCCCGAAGCUGAGGAAGGCACGGUUGCUUAUCUGA